AUGGCAGCAUUGGUGUGGUUAUUCACCCGUAAUGAUCUCCGGUCAGGAAUGAAGCGAAUGGUUACUUUAUUGAUUGCACUCUGUGUUUUCCAUGAAUUCAUUGAGCAAGCCAGUGUUGUAUAUUUGGAUCUUCGAUCUUGGACAUUGCUUGGAGCAAAGGCCACAUUUACUGCCGGGCUGGCGGUAGGAACACUGAUUGCAUAUUCAUCGCUUGGAACACAUUUAACGCAAUAUCGCAGUUAA